UCUUAUAAAACAGAAGACAGUUAUCGUUAGAAUACCAAAACGUAUUCUUCUCCACUUUCAGUAACCCUUAUAACUCAGCAUGAAAAGGAACAUGUUAUGUUUAUUGUUGUUUUCUCUCAUUUUGAUCCAAAUAAAUGGAAUUUCCAUUUUAACAGGCGAAAACAACAAACAAGGGGAUCAAACGGACGGAAACACAGUUCCGACAAAACGAGCAGAUAUUCUUCAGCAACUUUUAAACCAGGAAACGAUCAUCAGAAUGUCUUUAGAAAAAAGUGUACGUGACCUCAUGAAAGAAGUUGCAAAUAUGAAGACAAAAAUAACAAUGUUAGAAACAUCUACGAGAGAGUUAAGUAACAUUCAAAUGGAAAAUCAACAACUCGAAAGAAACCAUUUAAGUCAUUUGAAAGAAAAUCUCACUCGAAUUGAAGAGAGCUUUCCUGAACUACUUACAGAAAAGUGUGAACAAAUGUAUGUGAACGUGAAUCGUUCAUUGGAAAUAAUGGACAACGAACUGAUUUCCCGACACAAACAACUUUUACAAAACGUUUCCAACCUUGAGAUGAUUCACCGUGGCAAGCAAGAUACAUCCGUGAACCGUGCUGUCGCUUUUGAUGCUUCCUUAACUGCAAAUCGGAAUACCUUUACUGGCAGAGUUGUUUUUGGAAAAGUAGCUCUAAAUGCUGGGAAUGGAUAUGACGGGUCUACUGGAAUAUUUACAGCCCCACAGACAGGGAUCUAUGUGUUUGAAUGGACAACAGUUGUCUGGGCUGGAAAAGUGUCUUUUACUUUAUUGAAUGCUGGCGGACAGAAGAAGAGGAAAAAUCAUUGCUUUGAUAAAAAUUCAUUGAAUAAUUUUUGUAGUAGAAUGAGCGUUGUCAAGCUAAAUGAAGGUGAAAAAGCAUGGAUAGAGACUUAUAGUGGAACAGCUUUAGAUCACAGAAGUUCGAUUGCUUGCUUUAUGUUGUAAAAAAAGAACAAAUCACUAGGUUCGUUUGAAUCUUGACCCCAUUCAAUUCAAGGGGAUAUAUACUCAUGCAAAAGAGUACGAGAAAAACAAGA